AUAAACCCUGUAGAAGGUGCGCGUGUUGACAGUGUUGACGUGGAGAGGCCGAGAGAAGAAACAUGGCGGCGCCCGGGGAAGAAUUAUCAAACGGUGCCAGUGAUGACCAGUCAAGCCCUGUUUCAACCAACGAUGAAGAUUCAAAAUCGGGUUUGGGGGACGGAGAACUACCGGACUACGUUAUUGACUUCAUGGAGAAAGAAAUCGGCGGGGAUCUAAAAUCACUGAAGAAAGUAAAAGGUGUUUUGGAGAAACUGACAGCCGAAAACAAGCUGUUGGAGGAACAGGUGCUGACGGUGUCCAGCUCGGUCCCGUUACGAGUCUCCACUGCGCUGUCCGCCGCCGAGGAGGCGCGCGUUUCCCUGGACGCUGUGCUCCAGCGUGAGCGGAGCCUGUCCAACACGCUCCAGCAGCAGCUGCAGCUCGCGCAGCCGUUAGCUGACAGCCUGAGCCAGGCCCUGGGCCGGAUGGACACAGUGGAGAGAUACAUGCGGUACCUGCAGGUCCUUCGCCGCAUUGACGAGCUCAGCGACAGCAUCCAGCAGUGUGUGAUGACCAGCAGCACGUGGGAGGCGGUGGGGGCAGUGGGCCGGCUGGCCAGCCUGGACCUGCAGCUUCAGGCGUCCGGCUGCUUCCACCUGCAGGCUUUCACCAGAGACACCCUGCGCUUCUGGCACAAGAUCCUGAAGGACAGGCUCACCAGUGACUUUGAGGAGGUUCUGACUCAGCUGCAAUGGCCGCUGCUGUCCCCUCCCAGCCAGACUCUAGCGCCCCCUGCCAACGCCCCGGAGAUCAGCAGCCAGCUGGAGCUGCUGGUGUCCCAGCUGCUGGCCCUGCAGACCUCUGAUGACCUCACCACAGAGAAGACUCCGCCUACUCGCCCUGGCUCGGCCCCUCCCCUCUCCCCCCCACCAGCCCAACCCCUCUCUCAGGCAGCCCAGCCCCCCUCCUCUCAAACCCCCCUCCUCCCCUCUCAAGCCCCGCCCCUCUCCCAAGAAGCCCCACCUCUCUCCCUGCCCAUCCAGAUCAUGCUGGUUCCUCUCAUGAAGAGGUUCAGGUACCACUUCACAGGAAACCGCCAGACCAACUGUCUGAGCAAGCCGGAGUGGUACCUGACGCAGGUGUUGACGUGGGUGGGGAACAGCUCCACCUUCCUGGAGGAGAAGAUCCAGCCCAUCCUGGACCGCGCUGCAGCCCGCGUCAACGCCAAGGUGGAGCUGUGCCGGGGUCUGCUGGGCCUGCUGCAGGAGAAGCUCUCGCUGGACGCCUCGCGCCUGCUGGCCGACGACACGCUCUUCUGCCACCUGGUGGACGAGAUGCUGCAGUUUGAGAAGGAGCUGCGGGGGCCGCUGGCGUACCCCCCCGCCCUGCCCGGGGUGCUGGGGGUGCUGCUGGAGGACAGCGUCCUCAACAAGUGGCUCUCUGUGGAGAGGAAGAUGGCGGUGGAGAAGGUGGACACCAUGCUGUCAGCAGAUGGGGCGUGGUCGUCCCAGUACAGAGACAUCAGUGACAUGGACGACAUGACCCUAACCCCAGACUGUGCUGAGACCUUCAUGACCCUGCUGCUGGUCAUCACUGAGCGGUACCGGCCGCUGCCCUGCCAACAGGCCCAGCUCAGAUUCCUGGCUCUGCAGAGGGAGCUGGUGGACGACUUCCGCAUCCGUCUGACCCAGGUGAUGAAGGAGGAGUCCCGCUGGGCUCUGGGCCCGCGCUACGGAGCCAUCCUCAAUGCCGUCAACUACAUCUCCACCGUGCUGGCGGACUGGGGGGACAACCUGUUUUUCCUGCAGCUGCAGCAGGCGGCGGUCUCCCUGGGGGAGGAGGGGACACUGGGGGGGCCCGGGGGGGCGCUGGGGCCCCUGGAGCUGGGUAGGCUGGCCUCCCUGGAGGGCUCCCUGUUCGAGGGACUGGAGGCCCUACUGGAGAGGCUGAGAGCAGACAUGUUGGGCCGCCUGCUGGAGGCUGUGCUGAGGGAUGUCAAGGAACACGCCCAGCCUUACUGCAGGGAGAGGUGGCUGUCCCUGCCCUCGCAGAGCGACCAGGCCACCAUGUCUCUCUCCAGCUCUGCCUGUCCCAUGAUGCUCUGCCUGAGAGACCACCUGCUGAGCCUGCAGGGGGCGCUGUGCCCGCCCCUCUUCCAGAGCGCCUGGCAGGGAUUGGCCGAGAGGCUCGACCACUUUCUCUACCAGGACGUCAUCCUCUAUAACCACUUCAACGAGGGCGGAGCUGCACAGUUGCAGUUUGACAUGACGAGGAACCUGUUCCCUCUGUUCGGACACUACUGCAAGAGACCGGAGAACUUCUUUAAACAUGUGAAGGAGGCGUGCAUCAUCCUGUGUCUGGGCGUUGGCUCCGCCCUCCUGCUCAGGGAUGUCCUGCGACAGGCUGCCCAGCAGGAAGAGGAGGAGCCUGAAGGGGCGGGGCUUGUUGAUGGACAGGCGGCGUCUCCAGUGGCAGCACUGAACGAGCUGGGCGUGUUCCGCUUGGCGCCAGGUGACGUCCUCAUCCUGCUGGGCCUGAGAGCCUCCUGGCCCGGCCAAUGACACGCCACUUAGGACCGGGACGGCCAAUAGGAAUGACCCACACUGGACCACACUGACCAAUCACAGCGCAGACGUACUAGCCUGAUCAUGGCCUGGUGUUUUCCCUGAUGGACCUGUCCCUCCAGGGCCAGACAGGCUGCUCAGCCAGGAGAGAGAUAUGGUCUACUAGCUUACUUUGUGACUAUGCAUUAAUGAAAGCUGUUAAUUUAAA